AUGGACGAUCAUCAAAACUUUGUAGCCACCUUGGAAUCCUUUAGGGAAUUGAAAUCUGGUAUCUCAGGUUCUAGAAUUAAGAAACUGACCACGUAUGCGCUUGAACAUGUUGAAGACGAAGAAACGUUAAUAUCCUUAGUUAUUGACUAUUCCAAGACUUGUGCUCCUACACAUAAGCUGGGUUCUUUGUAUAUCAUAGAUUCGAUUGGUAGAGCUUACCUUGAUGAAGCGAGGGCUAAUGAUGAUUACGUUAAGCCCACUGCUAAAAAGGGUACAUGCGCGCAUGCCAUUUACACGCUUGGUGAAUCUAUACAGGAUCUUUUGACGGGUGCCAUCGGUAAGUCCAAUGAAGAUCAUAAGGAAAAGAUCAGGACGUUGAUUGACAUCUGGGAUAGAGCUGGACUUUUCCAAAAAGGUUACUUAAAUGCCAUUAGGGCUAAAUGCUUUUCGAUGGCAAUUACUCAUGACGAUGCAUCUAGACAUUCCAGUAUCAGUAAUGGUCAAGCUUUACCAAGUGAUCCAAGGGAAAGGUGUGUUCAUAUUCUGCGUGAUUUGAAACCUCUUAAUGUUCAGCCUCAAGUUACGAUUCCAAACGAAUUGGGAUCUAAUGACUUGCAAGAACAACAACACGCCUUGUUCCAAGUUUUAGUGAGCAUUCAGCAGCAAUUGGCACCGCCAUCAACUGUUGGAUCGACUGCUACAUCCAUAACAUCAUCAACACAUUCUGCUACACCUCCACAACCAGCGGCGGCAGCGCCAGUAACCCAUGUUACUACAGAAUAUGGAUCAAGACGUGAGAGAGAAAGAGAACGUGAUAGAUAUCAGAAAAGAAAUAGAUCCAGAUCUCCACCAGUAAAAAGAGAAGCUACAAGUGGUAUCAUUAGUGGUACUAACAAUCAUCAUCUGUAUCCAGAUGAACAGAACGUCCCAUCGAAUCCUCAUUUUAGACCAAAACCGGUUAGUUAUGACCCCACAACGCCGUCUGAACAUGUUAAAGUCUACAGUCGUACACUUUUUGUUGGCGGUGUACCUAUGAAUAUGAAGGAAUGGGAUAUUGCUAGCGUCUUAAGACCGUAUGCAGAAGUGCAGAGUGUGAUUCUAAACAACGCUAGAAAACAUGCAUUUGUUAAAGUGUACUCGAGACAAGAGGCUGAAAACGUAUUACUAAGUUUUAACAAAGAUGGUUCUUCGCCAUUGAGGACUCGUUGGGGGGUUGGCUUUGGACCAAGAGAUUGUUGUGACUAUCAACACGGUUACAGUAUAAUCCCCAUGCACAGAUUAACGGAUGCUGAUAAAAAAUGGUGUGUUCAAGCACAAUGGGGAGGUACAGGUGGCCAACCUUUACAGAGUGGUAUAGUGUUUGAAGAACCGGAUAUUGUUGUCGGUGAAGGAGUUUCUUCAAAGGCAAUUUCUCAAAAGAUGCCUACAGAUUCAGGGAGAAAUGGGCCUCGAUCAGGUAAGGGGAACAGUAGAUCAAGUCUAAGUGUUAGUCCACCAGUAACUAAAUACAGUAUGGCACCAGUUCCUUCACCUGGUCAUGUUUAUGGUCAGAUACCGCCUGCUUAUCCACCUCAGCCAGUAGCAGCAUAUAAUGGGACACCAAUUGCAGCUGCUCCUCAAAUGGCACCUGCCGCAGCGACACCAUCAUACCCUCCAGCUCCAGCACCUCAACAACAAGCGCCAGCACCUCCUGUGCCUCAGCAACAGUCAUUCGAUCCUGCGGCACAACUCAACUCAUUAAUGAGCAUGCUCAACCAACAGCAGACGCAAUAA